AUGACUCGCACACUCCCCAGAGCCAGCACCAGAUCUCUCCGCCCCAUCUCAGCCGCCAUCACCCGCCUCCAACCCCAUAGACUCUACCAUGAAACCCCCCACUCUCGAGCCUCUGUCGAAACCGCUCGAUCCCUCAACCCAACCGACCCCUUCGCCAGCCUUCCUCCAGCCUGGUCGGGGCCACCCACCACCAAUUUGAAGGGCAUCCGUCCCCGGUUGGACGUGACCAAACGUGUCUUCAACCCCUCCUAUUACACCGCGAUUGCCGAAAUCAUGAAGCUCCGCUCCAAAUACAUCACCAACCGCUCCAUCUUUGUCGAAGGUUCCGACAUGGUCCCCCUCCUCCUUGGCCUCGGCGCCACUCGGGCCGACUUGGACGCCCUCCAGCGCGUCUCUAACAACCUCUACUCUGACCCGACCUUACCCUUCCGGCGCUCGCGCAACGGCCGUUUCUGCUUCGACUUCUCCACUCGUUCCGUGCGACGGCUCGAGUUCCAACCCUUUGCGUUGUCGGUUGAAGAGGACUUCAAGCGGCAUGAUUCGGGGCAGAUCCGCGUUUUCGAUGAAGUCCAAGACGAGCUGCAGCUCAACACUGCUUUCCAGGCCUUGCUAGUCUUCAAGGGGAUGAUCUGCCAUGGAGUACAGACCACCCAUCGGCCGCGACUGGAUUACUCGUCCGAUAAGUGGGUGUGCACGCUCUUUAACCUGCGCACCGUCACCACCCCCUCCAUCCUGGGCGAGCCGGCGCUGGAGGGCGUGCAUACCGAUGGGGUGGAUCACACCAUGACCACGUACCUUGGAUCGAAGAAUAUGGAUCUGGCGGCUAACAGCGCGGUGACGUUCAUGCAUGAUAUGAACGAGGAGACGGGGGCCAAGUAUACGGAAAUCAAACCGCAGAACUUGAGGAGUAGAGUGCAGCAUAGACACUUUUUGGAUACGCUGUUGUUGGUGGAUACGGAGAAUAAACACUCGUUGAGUCCCGUGUUGCCGUUGGAUGAGACGAAGGAGGCGACGAGGGAUAUGCUGAUUUUCUUUACGAGACGGCCGGUGAAGAAGGGGGAUGGGGGACAUAUAUCGGAAAACAUUGAUUCGUUUAGGCCGCAUGAGGAGUUGCCGAUGGAGGUGCCGCUUUUCUUACCGGGGGCGAUUUACGGGAAGGACGAGUAG